UGUUCAGUAUAAAAGCCCACAUCCAACGGGUAUUCUCGCUUUAGUGGCGCAUAUAUUACCCUACGAAUAUGUUGAAGUUUGUUUUUGGAGUUGUCCUCUGCUUUGUUGCAUGUGCAUCAGCGGUUGACAAGGAUAUUGCUGAAGAUGCUAGACUGACAACACCAGAGUUAAUAAAGAAAUACGGAUAUCCGGCAGAAACACAUCACGUGGAAACUGAUGAUGGGUACAUCCUCGAAGUGCACCGUAUCGCUCGACCUGGUGCUCAGCCCAUUUACUUACAGCAUGGAAACUUGGAUAGUUCAGGAACCUGGGUUCUGAUGGGCCCGAAUCUUGGGUUAGCUUACUAUCUUUGGGAAAGUGGUUACGACAUAUGGAUGGGUAACAAUCGAGGUAAUCGUUAUUCUAGAAAACAUAAGACUCUCUCGGACAGUAGCAGCAGUUUCUGGGACUUUUCAUGGCAUGAAAUCGCAUUGUACGACUUAACAGCCACCAUCGACUACAUCUUAAAUAACACGGGAUUCAAGAAGACGCAUUACAUCGGACACUCACAGGGAACAACUACUUUCUUCGUAAUGGGCUCCGAGCGUCCAAAGUACAACGAUAAGAUUCUCUCUAUGCAGGCUUUAGCUCCAGUUGCUUCUUUCAUUGACAUUAAAAGUCCCUAUAUUUUGUACAUAGCCUGGAACUUGGAAACAGUUGAUUACUGGACUACCUUGUUUGGCGUCAACGAAUUCUCGGCCAAUGAUGCAGUCAAGACUGAAUCAAUGCUCCUUCUGUGCAAGGACAACUCACUUUACCAAGCAGCUUGUGCUAAUGAUUUGUUCUUGAUUGGAGGUUUUGACCCAGCUCAAUUGAAUUAUACUAUGCUUCCGGUAAUUAAUGGACACUCGCCGGCUGGCGCUUCCGUUAAGCAGAUGCUCCAUUUUGGUCAAAUGGCUCGCUACAAAAACUUCUGCCAGUACAACUACGGGACCUUAAAUUUCUGGAAGUAUGGAAGCCUGGUUCCACCAUGCUACGAUCUGAAGAAAGUUACCGCUCCCGUCAUCCUUCAUCAUGCUACUAACGAUUGGUUGGCGCAACCUUAUGAUGUCAACAAGUUAUAUGACAAUUUGGGUAACCCAAAGGGCAAAUACCUUGUUCCAUAUCUGGCCUUCAAUCAUUUCGACUUUAUUUGGGGUAUCGAUAGUCGCGAGCUCGUUCACAACAAAAUUAUUAGCGUUCUUCAUCAAAUGGAAGCGGAAGAUAAGGCUUAAUGUUAAUUUGAUUUGAACAUCAUGUUUGAGAUAUCAAUAAAAUCUGAUUAAUGUACGGCCAUUCAA